GCACAAGUGCGUGCCACAGAUGAUGACCAGGCCGGCACCCCUCACACGGAUCUUCGAUAUGAAAUUAUUAAGCAAGUACCAAAAUCCAAGAUGAUGUUCUACGUGGAGCCAAAAACCGGGCAAAUUAAGGUCAAAGAGCCCACCCUUGACCGAGAGACACUACAGGCCUACAUGUUGACCGUAAAAGCCACAGACAUGGGUGGCUCAGCAACGGGCCUGACGGGAACUGGGACGGUUAUCAUUACGAUCCUGGACAUCAAUGACAACCGUCCGGUCUUGGAUAAUACCUCGUACGCAGGCCAAAUCGAGGAAAAUGCAGCCAACAUUGAAGUGAUGCGAUUGAAAGCAUCAGACCGUGACCAAGCGGGCACGGACAACUGGCGUGCGAAGUACGAAAUAGUCUCAGGAAACGAAGAUGGGUACUUCAGCAUCGAGACUGACCCCAAGACCAACGAGGGCGUUUUAAAGCUAAACAAGCCAGUGGAUUAUGAAAACAUAAACGAGAUAUACAUGGAAGUAGCCGUCGAUAACGAAGCACCUUAUCAGUUUACUUACGGAAAAAUCGAAGGAGCUGGUUAUGGAGAAGGAGAAGGAGCAGGAGGAGGUGAAGGAGCCGGUGAAGGAGGAGGAGCAGGUGAAGGAGGAGGAGCAGGAGGAGUCAGUGGAAGUGCUGGUCGUAAAAAAUACCCGGUUGUACUCAAGGUAAAAAACCUACCGGACGGUCCCAAGUUUGUACCAGCGGUGAAGCCAGUUACUGUCUCUGAGGACAAGGAGAAGAUCACGGUUCCAAUGGUGCUUACCACCUAUCAAGCUGUCGAUGAAGACAGUGGAAAGAUUGCCAAGAAUGUCAGGUACGCAAAGGGCUCAGAUCCAGCCAGCUGGUUAGCAGUGGAUAGUGACACAGGAGAAAUUAAACUCACAAGGGUACCCGAUCGGGAGUCUAAGCAUGUGGUCGACGGCAUAUACUAUGCAAAAAUACUCUGCAUUACAGAUGACUUACCCGCCAGAACCGCCACCGGGACCGUUGCGGUUCACAUAGAGGACGUGAACGAGCACUGUCCCGAGCUGACCAGCAGCCACCAGAGCGUGUGCACGCGGGACAAGGCCGUCUACGUCACCGCGCACGACAGGGACGGCCUGCCCAGCGGCCCUCCCUUCACCUUCCAGCUGCUAAGCGACGGCACGUCAGGCGCAUGGGACAUGAGAACCCACAACGACAGCACGGUCGUUCUGACACCCCGGGACUCCCUACAGCCCCGCCCGUACGCGGUGGCCUUCCAAAUAAAGGACAGGGAAGGCCACGCCUGCGCCGAGCCCGAGGUUCUGGACCUCGUCGCCUGCGACUGUUUGGGCGACGGGACCUGCCGACCCGAGGAGGCGCCGCAGCCCGCUGCCAUACUGGCCCGAAAAAACAGGCGUGGCACGUUUGGGGGUCCCGUGCUGGGCAUCCUUGCGGGCGUGCUCUUACUGCUUCUGUUGGUGCCCCUGCUGCUCCUCUCUUGCAGCUCUGAGAGUGGGCUGCUGGUGGAGGAGUUUGCAAACUCACCCAUCGAGGCCAAAGAGCAGCUGAUUAUAGGUCACACGGAAGGCUUGGGCGAAGACAAGGACGUCUCUCUGAUGGCUGUCCCCAUGCUAUCACAAGCAGCACCGGUGUUCGGUGCGGCAAACGCGUCCGCAUUUUGCGCAACGGGAGCGGGCAACGUGAGCGCGGACACUUUAGUGAGAGCCGUGAACGUGAAGGCCGUCUCCGCAGCGAGAACGGGGUACCUGAACGCGGGAUCCUCAGUGAGGUCGGGGAACAUGAACGCGGGAUCUUCGGUGAGAACGGGGUACCUGACCGUAGAUUCCUCGACGAGAGGCGCCCUGCACGAAGUUCAGCGCAGAACGCUCCAAACGGAACUGUUUUCGGAGUGCGGAGCCGACGAGGAAGACGCCCUUCCGCGCGCGUAUCUGGAAGAGUACUACUCGAAGAAAGCUAGCCGUAGAGCUGAAUGCAGGGACAGCCUGCGGGCUUAUGAGUACGAAGGCCAGAGCUCAUCGGCAGGGUCCGUGAGCAGCUGCAGCGAGCAGGAAGUGGACCGCAGCCUGGAUUUCCUGGAUGGCCUGGACUCCAAGUUCAGGACCCUGGCGCAGAUCUGCAGACGUCAGGAAGCCGCGUCCGAGGUGACGACCGCCAGCGUCGCCGUCGUCGCGGCGAUCAGAACGCCGCCGCCCAGUCCGGCGGAGGGAGUCAGCGUGGAGAAGGUCAACCUGGCCAUGGUCGACCUGGCGAAGGUCAACCUGGAGAAGGUCAACCUGGAGAAGGUCAACCUGGAGAAGGUCAACCUGGAGAAGGUCAACGUGGAGAAGGUCAACGUGGAGGCGUCCUCGGCCUCCACAAGGAGGCUGGUCCACGAGGAGGUGGUGCUGCAGGACCAGGCCUUCGUGAUCCCGCAGCCCGUGUACUUGGCGGCCGCUCCCGUCGCUCAGACUCAGUACGUGGUUCGCCCGCAGGUCCAGCAGACGAUGCUGGUCCCCGACACCCUGCAGGGCCUGUACGUGAUGAGCGACGCCCCCGCGGCGGAGAAGGUGGUCGUGCAGGAGAGCAGGGUGGUGGCGGGUCCGGGCGUGCCCGGGGGCGUGCCGGGGGGCUUCGCCAUGGGCGAGGGCCUGGUGCUGGUGACGAACGCGGGCUCGAGCCACGAGCUGCACCGGGCCGGUGCCGGCCCAGGCUUGGUCCAAAUGGGACAGAACCUCGUGCUCCUGGAGGACCGGGUUCUGCACGGGAGCCCGCUGGGCCUGAGCGAGCCGAACGGGUCGGAGAACAUCGCGUUCGUGCAGAGGGGCGAGCGGCACGGCGCAGACCCCGGGGAGAACGUGGUGCUGGUGGACAGCCAGGUGGGCGCGGGGCAGGUGCUGCAGGGGGGUCGGCUGUGGAUCCAACCAGGUACCCUACCGAGGGGCACCGUCUACGGGUCCCAGAACAUCCUGCUGGUGGAGAGAGAGGGCGCGGCGGGCCAGGUUCUGGGGAGCCCAGUCAGCCCCCAGCAGAUAUUACUGGCAGGUCCAGCUGGGUUGUCUCCAGGGUUCGUGCAGAUGACUAGCCCAGAGCACGCGUUCGAUUUUGAGAGGCAGAGGGAACAUCCACUGUAA